AUGAUGGCCGGUGAUGUACCAAAAAAGUCCAUAAAAUGCACUACAUAUCUUCCACCAUGUGUUAAAGUUGGUAUUGAGGCAAUAAAUGAUAUGAGCACAACACCAGCUCUUGACAGACGUGGUUUUGAUCGAAAAAUAGAAAAUUCAUCGGAAAUGGCUGUGUAUAUACAUUCAACGCCGCAGAAUACACUGUCUAAGCCAAGUGUAAUAAGCAUAACAAAAAAUAGUACAGAAAAAAAUGGUGCACCUUUAAUCGAUGAGAGAAGUUCAGGAUAA